GGCAUUUUGCAGAUUGCUGAAAAAAUGUUUGGAUCACUACAUCAGCUUGUUAAAAUGAAUCUUUUACAGAUCUUUUGCGCCAAUUUAUUGCUUGGCCUUUCAAUAGCCGGUACUGCUAUUCUCUCUCAGUCUCCAUCAGCCAUCCCUGAAACUCCUGGACAGUCCAUCACUCUGGAAUGUGCUAUGAAAAAUGAAAAUGUUUCAAGGGUGUACAUACUCUGGAUUCGCCAAUCACCUGGAAAAGCUCCUGAAGGUGUUCUGCAGUACUUUUCUGACAACAGAGUCUCCAGAGGUCCAGGGAUAUCAGAUCGAUUUGUGCCUUCAAGAGAUACAGUCAGGAGUUAUUUCCUUCUUACAAUUAAUAAUGUCCAAGUAAAUGAUGACUCCAAAUACUUCUGUUUUGUUGACUAUGCUGAUGGCCAGCAAGCAUGGGGAGAAGGUACUCGUGUUCAAGUGCUGAGAAGUCACUUACCUCCCCCAUCUGUUCAAGUUCUUCCUCCCCCACAAGAGCAGCUCAGUGGUUCAGGCCAAGUGACUCUCAGCUGCCUGGUGAGCGGCUUCUUCCCGGGGUACAUAGACAUCCAGUGGAGUGUGGAUGGUCAGCGAGUGACGGACAACAUUCAGUCCAGCCCGGUGUCCUUGGACAGCAGUGGAAAUUCCUACCUGGCUAUUAGUUACCUGAAGCUGCCUGCUGCUGACUGGAAGAGCCAUGCGAGAUACUCCUGUGUGGCCACUCAUGAGUCCAGUAAGGUCCCAGUCAUUGGCUCCAUUGCCCCUCAAGACUGCAAGCCUCUCUAAAGGGGGUGUUUGCAUUCUAAAGGCUUUUUAAUUUAAAGUGCAUUAGUUUAAUUUCACAAAUGCAGAGCAGAAUCCUUUGACAAAAUAAAUUUAAAUGCCAAUUAAAAAGAAUAAUAUUUGUAUGCGUUUGUUCUGUUUUAUAUUCACAAGUGUGUGGUUUAAAAUGAACAAAUGCAAAAUGAGUUAGAUUUUUUAGAAUGAAAUUGCUAAGUGGAAAGUCUGCCAAGUUAAAAUAUUAAUCGCUUCUGAGAAUUCUUGCCUGGCUAUUAGUUACGUGAGGCUUCCUGCUGCUGACUGGAAGAGUAACGUGUGAUACUUCUGUAUAGUCAUUAUGAGUCCAGUGCCAGUCAUU